AUGGAGAACACAUCCUUCCAGGAGCCCUACCCCAGCAAACUAGGGGAUCAACCUCCUGCAUACAGCCCUGGACCUCCAGUCAUGCAGCCCUCUCCAUACCCGGCUUAUUUCCCACCGGGGCCAGAUCACAGUGUCCAACAGAUCCUCAUCAGCCAACCAACCUCAACCAAUGUGGUGGUGGUGAAUGGGCAGGUGGCAUCAACCCGGCCCCAGUACAAGGAUUACCUCUGCUGGUCCAUCCUGAAUUGUCUGUGUUGCUGCUGGCCCCUUGGAAUUGCUGCCAUUGUCUUUUCUUGCAAGACAAGAGGCGACAUUGACGCUUAUGACUACGAAGCCGCCGCCAGAAAUUCCCGCACAGCCUUCAAUCUGAAUAUCUCCGCUCUUGUCAUUGGAAUUAUCAUUCAGAUUAUCGUGAUUGUUUACUAUUUUGUUGCAAUGAGGAACAUGUGACUGAACUGCCCCUGCUCAGCGCUGCCUCUCCCCCCACCAUACACUUUUAUAUCUGCCAAAUUUCCUAUAAAAAAAAAAUUGUGUACAAUAAAAGGUAUCUGAUUUUUGAAAAACAUUAAAGUUUCUCUUGUGUUGGGAACAGUC